AUGGAAAUCCAAAGAUCAACAAUAUUUGCUUCGACUAUGAAACACCGGUAUACACAGGCGAACAAAUUGGGCUCCCAAACGGCGUCGAUAGGAUUAAAAAAUGCGGCUUCACAGAUUACAGUGGAAAUUACCUAUGGUGACAUCUGGCCAGAUGGGUAUCGCAAGGAAAAUGCAAUGCUUGUCAAUGGGAAAUAUCCCGGAGAGCUAAUCGAGGCUUACUGGGGCCAGAACAUAGAGUUCACAGUGAUCAAUAAAUUAGGCGUCAACCCUGGAGAAAUUAGGAAUGGCACUGCGAUUCAUCCUCAUGGAUUAAAGCUAUGGGGCAAUCCUCAAAACGAUGGCGUACCUGGCAUUACGCAAUGCCCUAUACCUCCAGGUUCGAGCUAUACGUAUACCUGGGAUAUACAUCAAUACGGGACGACUUGGUAUCAUAGUCAUUUAUCAUUACAGUAUCCUAAUGGAAUUGUUGGACCAAUGAUACUCCAUGGUCCCAAAAGCGGAAAUUACGACAUUGACAUAGGGGCAAUCCUUUUAACGGAUUGGUAUCACGAGAACCCCUUUUCUCUUUACAGCGAAGCCCUCAAACGGGCACAAGUCGCAGAUAGCACCCUGAUUAACGGCAAAGGGAAGUUUGAUUGUUCAUCCGUAACUGAAAAAGGAAGAUGUCGGGAAGGCUCUUACUGGGAAACUGCCUUCGAGAGCGGGAAAUGGCAUCUCCUACGAUUUGUUAAUACAGCGACGUCGGAGACAUUCAGGGUUUCGAUUGAUAACCACAAUAUGACAAUAAUAACUGCCGAUUUUACGUCGGUACGGCCCUCGAAACCCGUCAAGUUUAUUGAUAUUGCAAUUGGGCAGAGGUAUGAAAUCUUGGUGUACGGUACCUAUUCAGCAGGGGAUUUUUGGUUACGUUCCGAACCUUUAAAUUGUAGUAAAGGAGGGAAGCAAAUCAAGAAAGAGAACGUCGCGAGAGGGAUUAUUCGUUACAAUCGAAGCUCCGGAGAGGAUCCAACCUCAAAAACGCAUCUCCGCAGUGCAGACUUACCGAAAAACUGUCAAGAUGUGGAGAUGGAGAACAUAGUUCCAGUUCUCUCUCGAGAUAACCACUACGUUGAGUUCGAGGAGGUUUAUAAUGCUUCGAGAAAACUGCAAGUAUCUUUGGUCAUACCGAAGAAUGAAGCACGUGCUGCUCGGUUAGAGCUUGGAAAGCAGAUGCCCCUCAGAAAUAAUACGAGCUCAGAACCUCUCCUGGACUCGGGAGAAAGGCUUUGGCAAAUUUAUGGCAUACCUAUGAGAUUGGACUGGUCGAACCCUGCCUUAGAUAUGCUUAAUGAAGAUUCAAAGCCAACAGACUUUCCAGAAUCAUACACGGUCAUAGAAGCGAGACCAGACGGUGGCGAUAGCAUGAAUAACGUGGUAUUCCAUAUAAGUGGAAACGCGGCUCCAGGUACACCAGGGGGUACCAUGCACCCGAUACAUAUACACGGGCAUGAUUUCAUUAUACUAGCUCAAGGGUCCGGUAAGUUUGACGAGGAAAAUACCUCAAGAACGCUGUUUAAUCCGGUGAGAAGAGAUGUUGCGACGAUGCCACCGGAUGGGUAUCUUAUUAUAUCAUUUCCUGUUGAUAACAACGGGAUGUGGCUCCUUCACUGUCAUUUAGCGUGGCAUGCAAGUCAAGGGCUUGCCCUUAUGAUUCUUGAGAGGACUGAGGAUUUUCAGGGGCUGACUUCGACCCAAACACAAAAGCUACGAGGAGAGAAUUGUCAGAGAUGGAAGGUAUACGUUUCUACUUCGCCAACCCCAAACCCAAUGGAUGACUCCGGAAUUUGA